CCAGGGGAACUCAAGAAGGAGCAACACCUGUACAGAUAAGAAAAACCCAAAGCUCCCUGAGGGAACCAUAGAAAAGAUAAAAGGAAAAGUACUUUUUCUGGUAUUGUUCUAAAGAAGGACCAUUGCUGGUGGUACUUGCAGGUUACUGACUUAACGAGGCAACUAACCAUGGGAUCAGGGGGAAUGCAGAUUGUUUGUGUGGCACUGGCCAUUUUUGGCUUGAUUGGUGCCAUCCUUUGCUGUGCACUUCCCAAGUGGAGGGAGACCUCUUUUGUUGGUGAGAACAUUGUAACAGCACAGACAACACAGGAAGGAAUCUGGAUGACAUGUGUUAUUCAAAGCACAGGACAGAUGCUUUGCAAGAGUUAUGACUCGCUAUUGGUGCUUCCUCAGGAUCUGCAGGUUGCCAGAGCUCUCACCAUUAUUAGCAUUAUCCUUGUUGUUUUUGGCAUUUUGACCCUCUUUUUUGGAGCAGAGUUCACCACGUUCAUCGAUAAUGAAUCAGUGAAGUCCAAGAUUGCUCUGACAUCUGGGAUAAUCCUCAUUGUUGCUGGGAUCCUACUUAUAAUUCCUGUCAGCUGGUCAGCCAACAUUGUCAUCAGGAACUUCUAUGACUCUUUAGUAGUUAGAAAGAUGGAGCUUGGGGCUUGCAUCUUCAUUGGCUGGGCUGCUUCUGUCAUCCUUUUUAUUGCUGGUGGUCUUAUAUGUUUCUUCCGUCCCAAAGGCACAGACCCAAAUUUUUCUGCCAAAUACUACUCACACAGCAAUCCCACUGCACCUGCUGCUAAAAACUAUGUUUAACUACAUUAAAUAGUUCUUACUGUAAACAGUCUUUCAUUCCUUUUUUUUAAAAAUACUGUAAUUUUCAGAUUUUUAUUGCAGGUACCAUGUAGCAUGAUGAAGUGCAAUUUCGCAUAUUAUACCUUCUAAUCAAGUGGAGUGUUAGUAGACAAAUGGUGAUCACAUGUUUAACCGAAUGAAAAAAUAAAUAAAAGUCCCCGUGUUUUCUGAAGGAGGAUUUGGUACUUGUAAUGUUAAUUGGUUAAUUACUUACAUUUCUUUAUUAGCUUUCCUUUUGUGAAACUGCCUCAUAAGUUGCUAAUUUACCAAGCUGUGUACAUAUGUUCUAUACUUCUUAAUUUUUGAAAGAGUUGUAUUUUGUAAACUUCAUUUUAUUUCUUUUGUUAGAUGAUAGUAAACUGAUGUGGCAUUUCAGAAAUUUUACAAAGUAGAGAUUAGUGUUUAUGUCUGUAUGCUGUAUUUGCCAUGACAUCAAUAUGAUGCCGUCAUUUUUUAACCAAUUUUUUAAGUAGAUCACAAACUUUGUACAAUAUGAUACAGUUCAGUGCAUAUCAACACUCUGUUCUUUAAAAAUAUGUGAAAUGUAAAACAUUUGCUUAUUAAAAGAUAUGUAUACUUUUGUGAGUGCAAG